GAGGCGGCGCCGCGGCCGCCGCUGCUGCUGCCGGGGCGGGGGACACAAUGGGCGGCAGCGGCGGGGCGGCGGCGGCGGCCGAGGGGCGCUGAGGGGUCGCCGCCCUCCUUCUUUCCCUCCGUGCCUGCCUGCGGCCAUGGCCACCACGGCCGAGCUGUUCGAGGAGCCUUUUGUGGCAGAUGAAUACAUUGAACGCCUGGCAUGGAGAACACCUGGGGGAGGUUCCAGAGGUGGAGAAGCUUUCGAUCCGAAAAGAUUAUUGGAAGAAUUUGUAAAUCAUAUCCAAGAAUUACAGGUAAUGGAUGAGAGGAUUCAGAGGAAGGUGGAGAAAUUAGAACAACAGUGCCAGAAGGAAGCAAAGGAAUUUGCCAAGAAAGUACAAGAGCUGCAGAAAAGCAACCAGGUUGCCUUCCAACAUUUCCAAGAGCUGGAUGAGCACAUCAGCUAUGUAGCAACUAAGGUCUGUCACCUUGGCGACCAGCUGGAGGGGGUAAACACGCCACGGCAACGGGCUGUGGAGGCUCAGAAGCUGAUGAAAUACUUUAAUGAGUUUCUGGAUGGAGAGCUGAAGUCUGAUGUUUUUACAAACUCUGAAAAGAUUAAAGAGGCAGCUGAUAUUAUUCAGAAACUGCAUUUGAUUGCACAGGAGCUGCCUUUUGACAGGUUUUCUGAAGUAAAAUCAAAGAUAGCAAGUAAAUACCACGAUUUAGAGUGCCAGUUAAUUCAAGAGUUUACCAGUGCUCAGCGCAGAGGAGAAAUCUCCAGAAUGAGAGAAGUAGCAGCAGUUUUGCUUCACUUUAAGGGCUAUUCCCACUGUGUUGAUGUGUACAUAAAACAGUGUCAAGAGGGUGCAUUCCUGAGGAAUGAUGUCUUUGAAGAUGCAGCCAUUCUCUGCCAGAGAGUGAAUAAGCAAGUUGGAGAAAUCUUUAGCAAUCCAGAGACUGUGCUAGCCAAACUCAUUCAAAAUAUCUUUGAAGUUAAACUUCAGAGUUAUGUGAAGGACCAGCUGGAAGAACACAGGAAAUCAGAUGCAGAACAGUACCUUAAGAAUCUCUAUGAUCUAUAUACAAGAACCACUAAUCUGUCAAGCAAAUUGAUGGAAUUUAACUUGGGUACUGAUAAGCAGACUUUCUUGUCUAAGCUUAUCAAGGCCAUUUUCAUUUCCUACUUGGAGAAUUACAUUGAGGUGGAAAUUGGCUAUUUGAAAAGUAGGAGUGCUAUGAUUCUGCAGCGCUAUUAUGAUUCCAAAAACCACCAGAAGAGGUCCAUUGGCACUGGAGGUAUUCAAGACCUUAAAGAGAGACUAAGGCAACGAACAAACCUACCCCUGGGGCCAAGCAUUGACACACAUGGGGAAACCUUCCUGUCACAAGAAGUGGUGGUUAACCUUUUGCAAGAAACCAAACAAGCUUUUGAAAGAUGUCACAGGCUCUCUGAUCCCUCUGACUUACCCAAGAAUGCUUUCAGAAUUUUUUCUAUGCUUGUAGAGUUCUUAUGUACUGAACACAUCGAUUAUGCAUUAGAAACAGGCCUUGCUGGCAUUCCCUCUUCUGAUUCAAAGAAUGCAAAUCUUUAUUUCUUGGAUGUUGUCCACCAGGCCAAUACCAUUUUCCAUUUAUUUGACAAGCAGUUCAAUGAUCAUCUGAUGCCAUUGAUCAGCUCUUCUCCUAAAUUAUCUGAAUGCCUUCAGAAGAAAAAGGAUAUCAUAGAGCAAAUGGAAGUGAAGCUGGAUAUGGGCAUUGAUAGGACACUGAAUUGUAUGAUUGGGCAGAUGAAGCACAUCUUGGCUGCAGAGCAAAAGAAGACAGAUUUCAAACCAGAAGAUGAAAACAAUGUUUUGAUUCAAUAUACAAAUGCUUGUGUUAAAGUGUGUGGCUAUGUUAGAAAGCAGGUGGAAAAGAUCAGGAAUUCCAUGGAUGGUAAGAACGUGGACACGGUUUUGAUGGAGUUUGGGGUUCGUUUCCAUCGCCUCAUCUAUGAGCACCUACAGCAAUAUUCCUACAGCUGCAUGGGAGGGAUGCUGGCCAUCUGUGACGUGGCUGAGUACAGGAAGUGUGCCAAAGACUUCAAGAUUGCGCUGGUCUUACAGCUCUUUGAUACCCUGCAUGCACUUUGCAACCUUCUGGUUGUAGCCCCAGAUAAUUUGAAGCAGGUUUGCUCAGGAGAACAACUUGCUAACCUGGACAAGAACAUCCUUCACUCCUUUGUCCAGCUGCGUGUCGACUACAGGUCUGCUCGUCUGGCUCGCCACUUCAGCUGAGAACAUGGCAGGACACCUUGCACCUUUGGGCAGCCCCAGUUGUUAGAAAGCACAGGGAAUUAUUUCUUACCAACCAUGGGUGUAGCUUUUGUGGGACAGUGACUGUUCAGGAUAAAGCAGCAGCCAUAUUUAAACCUGACCUUGUAGAAGGCAAGCAGGUGAAAAUCUGGAUGAUGUUUCAUGUUAGCUCAAGUUUUCCCAGUGAAGAAUUUCACAGAUCUACUUGCUACUGAUUUUUUUUUUUAAUUGGAAACAUGUUGGUGUAGGAGAGCAAAUGGUGCAUUGAAAGUAUUUUAGUCUUCAGUAUUGAAUUAUCAGAUACCAUUUGUUAGACUUGAACUACAGAGCAUAGCGUAGGUAAUGGAUUACAUAGACUAGACCAGUGUAAAAACAUUCUUCAUCAAUUUUAAUGACUUAGACUUCAGCACAGCUAAUCAUAAUCAAAUUAUCUUUGAUUGGUGUUUCUAAGUCAUUUCUUUCAUUUAAAACCUUAUCCUGCUCAAUGUAAUUUCUUGCUCUAAUUAAUUAGCUUGGAAUUUCUUUGAGAUGUAGGAGUAAAACACUAUGCCAGAAAGACGUAAUUUAUUCAUUGUGUAGCAUUCUAAAUAGAACUAAAGUGGUGAAAAAGUUUUGGAUUUUUUUAUUUUUGGUUUCUUUUUCUUUGAUUUAUUUUUUUUUUCUAAUGUAAUAGUCAAGGGCCCACUGGAAUGUACUGGCAUUGUAUGAUCUGACAUUCUUGUUUCUGUUUGAUACCAGCACACUGAAUUUUAUAUAUGCUCCUGAAGUAAAUGCAGCUGCCUUGCCUAAGGCAUCCUUAUUACAAGUGAAGGUGCCCAUUGUGGGGUUACUAUAAAAGAACUUUUUCUCCUGUCUUAUUUUGUAUGUAAAUAAAUUCAAAUUGUAACAAAGUGAAAGGAUAAAAUGUAGCUCAGUUUUUCCUAUGUGGCAGGAAUGGCUCCAGCAAAAACCUUGAGUGGCAAAUUCUGAGCUGAAGAGAAUUGAUCCUCAGUGCCUGAGCAAUAUAAAAUGUUGAAGUGUGUGAAAGCUGCUCUUCCACUGAUCAUAACUUUGAUAUUGGACAGAGGCUACUCUGUGUCUGUUGUGCUCCAGGUUUAUUCAGGGGCUCCUGGCAUGGACCCACAGUGUGUAUACAGUGAACUGAAGCAACAGCAGUGUUUGAAACAUCUGGAGUGGCUUUUCCACAAGCAGCUGGAAAUUGUUGUAAAUAGACCUUUUUUUUCAGAGUGGGCUCUUGUGGAAGCCAGGUUGGAACUGCAGUGGAACAAAUCCUUUCUAACAUGUUCCUUCUACUGUGGGCUCAGCACAUUUUGGAAACUUCUUUUUCUCCCAUCUGCAGAGCAGCAUUUCUGUCCAUUCAAUUUAUGGGUUGGUCAAAGAAUUUUGUUUUCCUCUUGUGUUAAUGAAUUCCCAGGUGGGGUCAGUAUUGACAAGACUUGUUGGAACUUCUCUUGCUUAGCUGGGGUCUCCUGCUUCAUUUUGGAUUUAGAGGAGCAUUCUGUGGGUAAACAAGGGAUUGGAUGCCAGCCUGGCUCACAGCAUCCAGGGAAUCUGGCUGCUCUGCUCUAUUCCUUGGCCAUGGCAAAGCCACAGAGGGGUUUGGACACUGGAGGAGGCACCUGCUUGUACUGCUGCCAUUUUUGUUCCAAAAGCUCUGAUGUGCAUUCAGAUGAUACCUCUCUGUUACCUCUGUAACUGAAAGCCAACAAUUUUAAGGCUGUGGUUUUAUGAACCAAUACAAAAUCUUUCUACAAAAAAGAAAAAAAAUAAAAGUGUCAAUUUGCUAACACUUCAGAACAGUGAACAUCAUCUUGAGAUUGCAGAUCACAGAAGUGCUUCAGAAUUUGUUGUAUGACUGUUUGAGUUUUUUUAGGGUUGUAUGAAAUGUAUUUACCAUAUUCCUUGCUUUAUUAGCUGUGUUUUCCAUGCAUAUGGUCAGUGCAAUAUUUCCAUUAUGCCUGUUAACAGGAGGCAGCAAAAAGUAGGUGAACACUUAGAUAUGUAAACUCUUCCUCAAUAAAAAGAAUUCCUUACAGAUACUUUUUUUCAUUUCAUUUCCAUGUUCCUCAAAGAUAUUUAUACUCAAUUGUAUAAGCCCUUCUAUUUAAAAGGAAAAAAAAAAAGAAGAAUAAAAGUAAUUUUACUGACCAAAUUUAUCA